AGCCCGAGCGGUCCCAAUAUGGCGGAGGCUUCCUUUGGAAGUUCGAGCCCAGUUGGUUCUUUAUCUUCUGAGGAUCAUGAUUUUGACCCUACUGCUGAAAUGUUGGUACAUGACUAUGAUGAUGAGAGAACUCUUGAAGAGGAGGAAAUGAUGGAGGAGGGCAAAAACUUCAACUCUGAAAUUGAAGAUUUAGAAAAGGAAGGAAGCAUGCCUUUAGAAGAUUUACUGGCUUUCUAUGGCUAUGAACCUACAAUUCCAGUUAUAGCAGGUUCCAGUGCAGAUAGCUCCCCAAGUGAACUUGCGGAUGAACUGCCAGAUAUGACUCUGGACAAAGAGGAAAUAGCUAAAGACCUCUUGUCAGGUGAUGACGAAGAAACACAGUCUUCUGCUGAUGACUUGACACCAUCAGUUACUUCACAUGAAGCUACAGACUUCUUUCCUCGACCAUUAAGAUCAAACACUACGUAUGAUGGAGAUAAGGAAUCGGAUGGUGAAGAUGUUGAGGCAGACACUGGUAAUUCAUCUGAAGAUUUGAGGAAGGAAAUAAUGGUUGGUUCACAGUAUCAGGCUGAAAUACCACCUUACCUGGGCAAGUACAGUGAUGAUGAAAAGGUGUAUGAAAAUGAUGAUCAGUUACUUUGGAGACCUGAGGUGGUUUCAGAGAUUAAGGUUAAAGAAUACCUUUUUGAGACCUCGUUAAGAACUGGAAAUGAAAAAAAUAUUGGAAGAAUUCCUGAAGGAAUACACACACGAGACAAUGAACAAGCACUCUAUGAACUACUCAAAUGUAACCAUAAUAUAAAAGAAGCAAUUGAGAGGUAUUGUUCAAAUGGAAAGGCAUCUCAAGAAGAGAUGACAGCUUGGACAGAAGAAGAAUGCAGAAACUUUGAACAUGCACUUCUGAUUUACGGGAAAGAUUUUCAUCUCAUACAGAAAAAUAAGGUGAGAACUAGAACAGUUGCUGAAUGUGUAGCAUUCUACUACAUGUGGAAGAAAUCAGAACGUUAUGAUUACUUUGCUCAGCAAACAAGGUUUGGAAAGAAGAGGUACAACCAUCAUCCAGGGGUCACGGACUACAUGGAUCGGUUGGUAGAUGAAGCAGAAGCCCUUGGUGGAGCAGUACAUUCUUCAGCCUUAACUUCUAACAGCAGAACAGAGCCCAUUCCUGAUCAACAGCUCAGCAUUCUGAACUCUAUCACUGCCAAUGACUUGACAGCAUUGACCAAUAGUGUAGCUACAGUCUGCCACUCUACAGAUGUGAACUGCUUGGAAGAUGCCUUUUCUCCUCUGGACAGCUUACCCCGAGCACCAGUUAAUCAUGUGCCUGUUGUAACAGAAGAGUUGCUUACCUUGCCUAAUAAUGGUGAAAGUGAUUGUUUUAAUUUAUUUGAGACUGGAUUUUAUCACUCGGAGUUAAACCCAAUGAACAUGUGCAGUGAAGAGUCAGAGAGACCUGCCAAGAGAUUAAAAAUGGGGAUUGCAGUCCCUGAAUCCUUUAUGAAUGAUGUUUCUGUAAAUAACUUGGGUGUGGACUUUGAGAACCACACACAUCAUAUUACCAGUGCCAAAAUGGCUGUCUCAGUGGCUGACUUCAGCAGUCUAUCUGCAAAUGAGACAAAUGGUUUCAUCAGUGCCCACACUCUACACCAACAUACUGCCCUUCACUCAGAAUGA